AAUUCAACAAAAUAAUCUAGCUAGCUUGCCGGUUAAACAUUUUUUGCUGCGCUUGGAUAAAGUUUUUUCAUUUAGUUAAAAAAGCAUGGAGUUUACGUAUUGUUUGCCCGACGGCGGAUUAAGAACCGCUACUUAUUUUGAUAGUCUUGGGACAAUUAAAUUUGAUCCACCUAUUUAUGAAUUGCGUUACAGCACUGCUAUUCGUGUAAUUGAAGACGGCAUAUGGGGUGAAAAGUUUAAAAGUAUUGUAGAUUUUGGUUGCGCCGAAAUGGCUCUAUUUCCAUUGUUGCGGCGAUGCAGUGAUUUAGAGCGCAUUCUAGAGGUAGAUAUCGAUGAAACCCUACUCAAGACGUCAUUACAUAAAACGGAACCAUUAAUAUCUGAUCAUCUUCAAAAACGCAAACAUCCUCUGAAAGUAGAAGUUUACAAAGGCAGUGUUGUGGAUUCAGUAGACUACAUAAAAAAUAUUGAAGUUGUAUUGGCGCUAGAACUAAUUGAACAUCUUCACAGUGAUGUUUUGGAUAAGCUACCAAACAACGUUUUUGGUUUUAUGCAACCAAAACUAGCAAUCUUUUCAACCCCAAAUGCCGAGUUUAAUAUUCUUUUUGAUUCACUACUUCCUAAUGGUUUUCGUCAUUUAGAUCAUAAAUUCGAAUGGACACGUAAAGAAUUUCAGAGUUGGGCUUUCAAUAUUUGCGAAUUAUAUAAAAAUUAUAAAGUAGCAUUUAUCGGAGUUGGUAAAGCGCCUCCCGAUCAUAAAAAAAUAGGAUAUGUUACACAAUUCGCUAUAUUUGCACGGAAAGAUAUUUUAAAUGAACCAUUAUUCAGUCCUAUUCAAAGUUUUGAAGAUGAUAAAUUUGAUAACAAUCAAUAUAAGCAACUGCGCACGGUUAACUAUCCAUUCAAUGAAGACAGUCGUAGUAAAGAGGAAAAAAUACUGAAUGAAGUGGAAUACCAUGUUAAUCGUUGCAAACGGAUCGAUCGCUUUUAUAAUAGAGAAAAGGAAAUAUAUCAAAUUCCAAUAUCAUUAAUACUGUCUCAUAUCGAACAUUUGGAUGGUACAGAAAAUGAAUUACUUCAUAUAUUAUCGUCAAAUAAUUAUAAAGUUGAAAACGAUUUUAUUUACUGCGAAGAUGAUAGUUUAUGUUUUCAUGAAGAAGCUGGAUAUGGUGAAAGUGUUUCUGAUGAUGAUAAUUUUUCUGACAUCCCAAAUCAUGAUGUAACUGAUGAUUAUGAAGAAAAUUGGGAUUAAAAACGAAAUUGCAUUUAUUGUCUUGUUUUUUUUUUAAAUAAUAUUAAUUCAA